GAUUUAGUAUAUCAGAUCGACACUCUCGAGAAGGCCGUCAAAGCGCGGAAGGCUCCUCUGGAGGAUGAACUGAGCACCUUGCGCCUCAACAUCCAUGACAAGGAGAUGCAGAUGUGGCGCCUGCAGCAUGAAGAGGAGGAGGGUGCAGGUCCCAGCGUCCUGGCAUUUGUGCAAGGCCACGUCUUCACGACAGUGUGUUCGCUGGUGAUCAUCGCGAACAUGGUCGUCAUGGGCAUGGAGUUUCAUGCAGAAGAGAAGAAGGCCUGGUUCGCGUGGGCCGACAAUGGCUUCCUGUGCUUUUAUUGCUUUGAGCUGCUCCUCAAGGUGAUCUACUACCAGCAGAACCUCUUUCUGGGGCGCUGUUCUACCGUGUGGUGGAAUUGGCUGGACGUGAUCAUCGUGAUCAGCGGCCUUUUAGAACAGCUGGUCCUCCCAUCACUGGGCAGCUCAGGGCACUUGCACCUCUCGGGCCUCAGAGGUCUACGGCUCCUAAGACUCGCCCGUGUGGCGCGAGGACUUAAGCUGCUCCGAUAUCUGGUGCAAUCGGAUCUGUCAUGGACAGAGCACCGAGCCUUCGAGAGCUUCAUGAUGGGGGUGAUCAUGCUGAAUGCCAUAGUGAUGUGGCUGGAGCUGGAUUACCCCAUUCCGGCAUGGAAGUGGCUCGAACAUGUACUGCUUGUACUGUAUACCUUUGAGCUCACCGUGAGGGUAGGCUACCAUGGCUGGGCUUAUUUUGUGCAUGAAGACUGGACCUGGCAUUACCUGGACUUCGGCAUCGUCAUGCUUGGGAUCUUUGAGCAAUGGAUGAUUCCCUCAUACCAGUACCUUCAGAGCUUGAUCCAGGGUUCUGCCCAUAGCUCAACAGUUGCAAUGCCUUUGGUCAGGAGCUUGCGAGUGGCUCGCGUGUUCCGAGUCCUUCGUUUGGCCCGGUUGCUGAGGAGUGUAAAGCAGCUUUACAAGCUUAUCAACGGUGUGGUGGAGUCGCUGGCAAGCGUCGGAUGGGUCAUCAUGCUGACUUUUCUGCUCCUCUACUCUGCUGCUCUUGUGUUCACGUCUUUGGUAGGUCAGGGGUACAUAUACAGCGAUCCCACGGACAUUCCAGAUGAAGCGGUGCAGAACUUUGGGACUGUCUGGCGCUCCUUCUUGGCACUCUUCAAGUUGAUGAAUGAUGACCAGUCAGUCGUUGAGCCUAUCAUUACCACGGUCACCGGACAAAUUCUCUUCUACACCUUCAUGAUGCUGUCGAACUGGAUGAUGCUUGCUAUCCUAACCUCGGUGGUCUCAGACAAUAUGAUGAGUGCCUCCAGGGUAAAGGAGGAAGAGGACCGCAAGAAGGCGCAUCUAGAAAACCAGGAGAGGGCCAAACGCAGGAUCAAGACGAUUUUCCACCAGAUGGAUGUUGACCAGGAUGGUUCGAUCUCGGAAAAGGAAAUGCUGAGCCUCCUAUCAGAUCCGAAUCUACAGGCCGAGCUGUGUGAAGCUUCUGGGUUACACCCUGCAGACUUGGUAGAGAUCCUGUAUUGCACCAGCUACAGGACGCCGGAUAAUGACAGGGUGAUUCUCUAUCGCCAAUUCCUGACAAUGCUACAGGACGAGUCAGGACAUGCCAAAGAGCGGUCCAUCUUUAAGGUGCUGGAGAGCAUGAGAGCGAUGGAGUUUCGAUUAGAGAAGCGCUUGAACUGCGCACUCCAAAGUCUGAAUGUGCCUCCAGACGAGCUGGAGGAGCUUCCAUCCCUGAAUCAAGAGCUCGUGCGCACGCGAGAGCUCGAGGAUUCACCGGCACGCAGCUUGGCCAAGCAUCUCUCGCAAACGAACAUGUCGGUGCACCAUAGCAGGUCACGUCUGGGCAUCCCAUCGUCGCUUUCUUCCCUCUAG